AUGAAUACCUUUCACCAAUUCGUGGACCCAACAACAUGCUUGGGCUCGACUUAUUGCAAUUUUGUAUCUCCCACAAGCCACAAUCUGGCUGUUUCCAAGGGGAACAUGCUUCAAAUCUUUGAAAUCGAACUCAGGUACAAACUUCAGCUUAUUGGCGAGUACAGGCUGAAUGGACAGAUAAUCAACAUAGACAAGUUUAGAUCCAAUGAGAACGAAUCGUUGGACUACUUGAUUGUUUCCACAAAAUUGGCAAAACUGUCGGUCAUCAAAUGGGAUUCCCAGUUGCACGCUAUUUCGACUGUCAGCUUGCACUACUAUGACACGGCGCUUGAUGCGUUGACGGUGGAAAAACUCGGCAAAACUAGUGUCCAACAUAGAACCGACCCUAAUUCGUUAUGCACAUGCUUGCGACUCAACGAGCUGUUCACUUUUCUUCCCUUCUACAAAGAGUACUUAGAAGAAGAAGAGCUGAAAGAUGAUGCAGAAGAAGCUAAGGACAUCAAAAAGAGAAAGAAGCUUUUCACGGAGAGUUUCAUUUUGAAUGCCUCUUCUCUUCAUCCAGACAUCAAGAACAUUGUGGAUUAUCAGUUUUUGCACUCCUAUAGGGAUCCUACGAUGGUAAUUUUAUAUGCUCCUGAGACAAUGACGUGGGCUGGACACCUCCCCAAGGCCAAGGAUACACUGAAAGUGAUCGUUUUGUCGCUCGAUCUUGAAAAUAAAAAAGCCUCCACCAUCAUGGAACUUACCAACCUGCCUUUCGAUGUUGACUAUAUAUAUCCGCUAGAAAGUCCUACGAAUGGAUUUUUACUGGUUGGGUCCAACGAAAUCAUCCAUGUUAAUUCUCUGGGGUCCAUGAGAGGUAUUUAUACAAACGAGUAUUUCACAGAUAUAUCAAAUUUGAAGCUCAAAGAUCAGUCAUCACUUGGUCUGAUGCUAGAAAAUUCCCGCGUUGGACUCGUGAAAGAAGAUCAGGUCUUGAUAAUAACCGAGUCCGGCGACUUUUAUCAGUUGACUUUUGAGAAGAUCGGUGGCAACUCUACUAUCACCGGUCUCCAGAAAGUUGAGCUUUCAAACUACAAGGGCAUAACUGUAAACCAUCCAAUUAUGAUCACCAGUGUUCCCUCAUUAGACCUCUUUUUUGUCUGCUGUCAAGGUGGAGACUCUUUAUUGAUCCGGAUCAGCAGUAAAAGUGGUGUGCUCCUUCAAGAAACCAAGGAGCAGAAUGGUAGCUCGAAAGAGACGAAAGAUGACGACGAUUGGCUAUAUGAUGAGGAAGAUCAAAAAAGCCACAAGAGCUCUCUGGUCAACUCGCAAUUCAAGAAAAUGGACAGUAUACUGAACUGUGGGCCUCUGGUGGACUUUACUCUAGGCCGAGUCUCUAUAGAGCAAAAAAUCAUGGGGCUGCCAAACCCUAAUUAUAAUGAAGAUGUUCUGGUUGCUGCUUGUGGGGUGGGCCCCAACAGCUGUGCCUGUGUUUAUUCUCCAACAAUCAAGCCCAUCGUGAAGUCGACAUUGAAAUUUUCCAAUGUCGACAAGGUGUGGACUCUGACAAACAAGAGUGGAUUCACAAGAUAUCUCAUCACAACUGACUUCACUAAUUUCAAAACAGAAGUGUUCCAAGUGAAUAAGAACUACAAAAAUCUUUAUUCCAAGGAUUUCAACAAUAAGCAGUAUACUCUUCAAUUUGGUACAAUCACGACAGAUUCUGAAAAUCGGAUUGUCCAGGUGACGCCGUACAAAGUGACAGUUUUUACCUUCAAGUUCCAGGAGGUGGUUGCUCUAGAGUAUGACUUUGAAAUUAACUCUACUUUCAUCUAUGGCAAUUACAUUGUUGUUAUUAUGAAAAGCGGUGAGCUUGAUAUUUUAGAGUUCAAAGGAGACAAACUUGAGAAGCUUGAUUUGCCUGCACUGUUGAACUACCUGAUUUUUACCAAUGGCUGGAUAUGUGAGUCCUCUUUGUUGAACCAUAUAGGUAGUGGGGCAGUCAAAAGGGACUCCGAAGGCACGCCUGUUGGCGGCACGGAAAAUAGCAAGAGUGAAAUUCUUUUCUGGCUCGUGACAGCCGAUAAUCGGUUGUUGGUAUUCCAAAAGGAUCACAAGGAGAAAGUGUUUGAGUUCACAGAUAUUCACAAGUUCCCAGAGCUUUUGACUCUAAAUCCUAUGGAUGUCAAUUACGAAGCUGAUGUGGAUCCCAUUAUCAAGCAAAUCAUGUUUACGAAACUUGGUAACAGCUCCAGCUCUAAGGAUUACCUGGUUGCCCUAACUUUUGGAGGAGAGGUCCUCAUCUACGAAACAUUUUUCGAUCCUAUAGAAAGGACAUACAAGUUGAUGAAGAUCAACGAGAUGUGCCAGUUCCCGAUCGUUGGUGCUCCAGAUAAUUCUUAUGCUCACGCGACAAAGAUCGAAAGGUACCUCAUCAGCGUGAGCAAUUUCCAAGGGUACAAAGCUGUUUUAGUGACUGGAGCAAGUGCGUUUGUGAUACUCAAAGAAUACAAUAGUAUUCCUCGGAUGUUACAAUUCACGAAAAGAUCAUCGCUUUAUUUCGCUGAAUACAAUACCGAUAAAUGUCCAAACGGUGUGAUCUCUAUUGAUGAAACCAAGGCCUGUCGUAUAUGCCAAUUGGAUAGCAGCUACACUUACUCAAACAGGUUGCCAAUAGCCAAGUAUAAGAUCGGGGACAAGACAAUCAACAAGAUCAGCUACCACUCUCUUUCUAACACUUAUAUCAUUUCAACCUUGGAAGAAGGUCCUUAUAAUCCCGUCGAUGAGGAUGGAGAGCCGCUUCCUGGAUUGCGUGAUGACAGAAAGCUGAAGUCGACGUCUCUGAAGGGCACAGUUCACUUGGUUUCGCCCGCCAAUUGGACAAUCAUCGAUACAGUCGAACUCGAAGACAAUGAGUAUGUGACCUCGAUCGAGGUGAUCGAACUAAAGGUUUCCGAGACCAUUGCCACCAAAACUGUCGUUUUAAUUGGAACUGCAAGAUGCAGAAACGAGGACCUCGCUACACAUGGAUCUUGGAAGAUCUACGAGGUGAUUGAUAUCGUUCCGGAGCCUGGAAGACCAGAAGCGAAGAAUAGAUUGAAAAUGAUCACAUCAGAGACGGCCAGAGGUCCUGUUCUCUCCAUUUGUAACGUGAGCGGCCGUUUUGCAAUUGUCCAAGGACAAAGAAUGCUUGUUCGUACUUUGCAGAAAGACGACAAUGUGGCUCCUGUUGCCUUUACAGACACGUCCAUAUAUUCGAAGGAGGUGAAGACUUUCAAAAACCUAGUACUCAUAGGAGACUCAUUCCAGAGUGUCUCUCUCUAUGGCUUUGAUGCCACUCCAUACAGAAUGUUGCAUUUUGGAAAAGAUGAGCAGAAUGUUGAAUUACGAGCUGCUGACUUUUUGGUGCACGAUGGUAAUCUGCAUAUUUUGGUGGCAGACGAAGAUUCUGUUUUCCACUUGCUACAAUAUGACCCUUAUGAUGGAAACUCGAUGAAAGGUCUCAAGCUUUUGCGCCGAUCGCUGUUACGCUCAAAUGCGCUUACGACAAAGAUGAUUUCAGUUGCAAGAGCUAGAUCCCUAUUUUCGAUGGUGAGCACGCUGAACCACGAAGACGAUUUGGGCUACGAGAUCAUUGGUAGCAAUAUUGACGGCUCCUUCUACAAGGUGAUGCCAGUCAACGAGUAUCAAUACAGAAGAUUGUAUUCUAUUCAGAACUAUCUAUAUGACAAGGAGCUGCAUUGGCUAGGUCUGAAUCCGAAAUCCAACGCCAUUGGAGGUCUGACGGAGCUAAUGCCCUCAAUCAAGAGACUUUUUAUUGAGCUCAAUAUGUUCCAUAGGUUCAUUGGGUUCAAUAAUGACAGGAAGAAGCAGAUUAUGCAAAAAUUGGGCAAAAACUCGUACGCUGAAGUGUACAAAGAUAUAAUAUCUCUGCAAUAG